AUGCGUGUCCCGGAGGAUAUGGCCGUGGCCAGUGCAACCAUCAGCGGAGAUAGCAGGAUCGACUUGUUGCUCGGAGGACAUGACCACGAUACGUUGAGGAGGUUUGCGGGCGACACAGACUCGACUGCAGGAAAUGCUGAACAGGGACUCAAAGUUACCGAAGUCGAACAAGCUGGAAUGCUUCCCGACACGGAAGGAGAUAUAAGGCUCAUCAAAAGCGGGACAGACUGGCGAGGUCUAUCCCUCGCACGGCUGGUUGUUCAACGAGAUGAGAAGGGAGCUGUAGUUGGUUCUAGGGUGAAGUUGCGUCAAUACACCGAUAUCCAAGCCGCCAUUGCAGAACCGCAACCGUCAACUCAUGUCGUCGAGACUUUGCAGGGGAUCCAUAACCGAGUUGGAAAGCUCGUCCAGAAACCCUUAUUGCACUCAGCUGUCCCAUUAGAUGGGCGCAAUCAUACCAACCGAUGCCAAGAGACGAACAUGGGAAACAUGCUGGCCGAUGCCAUUCGCGCAUUCUAUGACACUGACAUUGGCUUCUUCAAUAGCGGCGCAAUCAGGAGUGACCGGAUCCUAGAGGCGACCAUGGCCGAUGGUGAGCCCUUGCUGGUCAGAGACAUUAUCAACAUCUGUCCAUUUAGUAACGGCAUUCUCGUGAAAGAAUUACCCGGAUCCAUCAUCCGGCUUGCACUGGAGAACUCCGUGUCUGAUAUGCACACGGAUGGCCGAUUCUUGCAGGUUUCAAGGCUGCGAGUGGUGGCAAGCUGGCACCGGCCUGAGUGGUCUCGAGUUGUAGACGUCCUUUUCGAGAGACCGGACGGGAGCCUCGAGCCAUUGGAACCGGACCGUACAUAUACCGUUACCAUGCCCUCGUUUAUCGCACAGGGAUAUGAUGGGUUUUCUUGGUUUGCGGGGCUGCAGACCAUCAUAGAAGAGGAGGCAGCCAUGACAGAUAUCGGUCUGCUUCUCGCAAUAUUCGGGCACGGAGAGUUGCCCGACGAAGACGUGCACGCCGCCGGUAUUGAAAGAGCUAGGGCCGCGACUGUUGUCGGUCUGAGUCCCGUUGACUCCUUGCCCAUCGUGCGGCCUGUUGUAGAGGAUAGAAUCAGGUUCGUAGAGAGGGGGUGUGUAGAGUUUUCCGAAUAG